UGGUCUCCGCUUUAUCACACAGCGAUAAGAGCAAUUGGAAAUACAAUUACUGCAUCACACUACAGUUGAUCCAUUUAUGAUGCGAGUAAAAUCCCAUAAUGUGCCCAUGUUUUACAUUUAGAAUGGAGCAAGAUUAUAUUAGAUAAAAUUUUGUUGUCUCAGUUGUGUGAUAUAAAAUGAUAAGAAUUAAAAGUGGGCUCAGUUUCAGAUUACAAUGAUUAAUCAUCAGCAGCGAGAAAAAUAAUGGAUUCUGGUUAUUAUGUAUAUGUCUUGGUAACUAUAAUCGUUAUCGCACUCAUGUGUCUCCUAUCAGUUAUAGCUUGCAGAAGGGUUAAAAGAAAGACUGUAACGCAAAUGGCGACAACAAAUAUUUACACAGUGCCUGCAAAUUACAGUGCAUGUGAUAUAAAUUACACACAUCCCCCUCAAAAUCCCGCCGCGUCUAGUACAGCAAAUUUGGGACAUCACAGGAUUUCAAGCCAAGGGGAUCGUUUUGCAGUUCCUGUUGAUUUACUUCCACCAGAUUUCGAUUACACAGCUCCAGGCGUUGAAUAUAAAGACAAUUAUGUCUUAGUUAAAGAUCUGACUGUAAUAAACACGCCUGCAAUUGAUGAAUAUCAAAAACAGGCACCUUAUAAUCCAAAUUUUCAAUAAUUAUUCUGAAUUAACAUUUAUGUAUUUAUUAUUUAAGAAGAUAUACAAGUUUUUAAUGAAUUUUAGAAAUAAAAAAAUGCGAGAUUAA